AUCGAGUUGGCAUCGCCGACAUUGUGCAACGCGAAAACGAAAACGGUGAAAAAAUAUAAAGAUUUUAAUUUGCAUUUAGGCGUGAAUUGCGGCAAUAAAAAAUGACUGUGAAUAAGCGCGAUGCGAGCGCAACGCGAUCGCGGUGCUUCUUCGACAUAUCGCUGGGCGGCCUGGCGGUGGGCCGCAUCGUUUUCGAGCUGUACGGGGAUGUGGCGCCGAAGACGGCAGAGAACUUCCGGGCCCUGUGCACGGGCGAAAAAGGCCUGGGCAUUGUUACCGGCAAGAAGCUCCACUACAAGGGCGUCAUCUUCCACCGGGUGGUCAAGGAUUUCAUGGUGCAGGCGGGUGAUUUUAGUGCUGGCAACGGGACAGGCGGCGAGUCCAUCUAUGGCGGCACUUUCGAGGAUGAAAGCUUUGAGAAGAAGCACGAUCGCCCCUUCCUGCUGUCGAUGGCCAACAGGGGCAAGAACACCAAUGGUUCGCAGUUCUUUAUUACAACACAGCCUGCGCCACAUUUGGACAAUAUCCAUGUUGUAUUCGGUCAAGUUAUAUCCGGCCAGGAGUUGGUGCGACAAUUGGAGGAGCUGCCCAUCGAUCGGAACUCUCGACCGCUCCAGGAUGCGGCCAUAGCCAACUGUGGGGAGCUAGUAAAACAGACCAAGGUUAAAAAAGAGAAAAAGCGCAAGCGACGCUCGGCAGCCACUGAUGAGUCCAACAGCGAGGAGAGUGGGGCUGAGGCCAAGGCUGUGCGCAAGGACAAAAAGAAGAAACGCAAUCGCAAGGAAACCAAGUCCAGCGAUAGUGAAGACACUGGAGUUACAGGACGUGGCAAUGGUCGCGAGGAACAUAUUCCGCCAGAUGACGAUGAUGAAGAGCGGGAGGAGGGUGAGCUUCACCCACUGGUCACAAUUACAAAGAUAGAUCCGGACGAGAUACCAGAGGUAUCGAACAGAUUUCUGAUGCGCGACGAGAGGUCUAGGUCCCGGGAUCGCGAGGAUCGUGGCGGACGGGGACUGGACCGCGAUCGAGGCAGGGAGCGGGAUCAGGAUAGGGAACGGGAUCGUGACCGCAAUCGCAACAACUUUGGCUGGUCGAAGAGACAGGCCCAGCCCACCUCGCGCAGCGGUCGCAUUGUCAAAGGUCGCGGCGUAUUUCGUUUUCGCACACCCUCACGCAGUCGUUCGAAGAGCACAACGCCACCCCAUUGGAAGCAUGCCCAGAAGCGCACCAUUAAGCUGUCCGAUCUGGAGCGCCUUGAGGAGGAGAGCAAGAUGCGCGAGGAGGAGGUGAAGCGGCGCGAGAAUGAGCGAAAGCGUCGUCACGAGGAGGCCACCAAACAACCGAAAAAUGUGGCCUUUUUUGAGACCACCCACGCCAGCAAUUAUGGCCGCAAACUUACGCCGGAUAAAUCCUCUCCAGGCCAUAAACCCAAGUCGAGGGACACAUCAGAGCGCGGCAAGGCCAAGGAUAAAGAGAGGGAUAAUGCCAGCGAGAAACCGAAGGAUGGGAGUCCUGUCAAGCGGCGCAAGUCGAUGGACAUGAAUGCCUUGGACUACGAGCAGCAGACUGAGAGCGAAUCGGAACCCGAGCGGGAGCAGGAGGUGGUGAAGCCACCCAGCAAGCCACAGAGCAAGGUGGAGGCUGCGGCCAGCAGGGAUCGAAAUUCCAAGCGUGACGAUCGCAAGCCCGACGAUAAAUCCAGGGCCAAGCACAGUCGCUCCGUGUCCCCAGCUCGUCGCCAGUCCCCUGCACGUCGCCAGCAACGCUCGCCCGCCCGGCGACCUGGCCAGAAUCCCAACCCGAAUCAGGGACAAGGCCAAAAUCAGUUAAAUCGCAAUCGCCGCAAUCCAUUUGCAGAUCGAGAUCGUCGCCGCCGCUCGCGAUCACAGGAUAAUGAUUACCGCAAUCGUUUCCCCUUGUCUCCAGUUCGAGGAAGGGCCUCUCCCGGCGGGGAUCGCCGGCGUCCGCAGCGCUCCCGCAGUCGUGGUCGCAAGCAGGAUUCGCCGAGCUCUAAGCGGCAAGAGUCGGCAGGCAGAAAGCGUCAGGAAUCGCCAGCCAAGAAGCGGGCGGACUCCAAUGACAGAAAGAGGGAGGAGGGAAAUCACAGAGAUGAGUCUCCCACCAGAAAGCGGAAGAAUUCCCCAGUUAAAAAGCGAGAGGAUUCACCCAGGGGAAAGCGAGAGGACUCUCAUGGCAAGAGAAGACAGCGUUCUCUUAGCAGAAACCGCGACGACUCUCCAAGCAAAAAGCGUCGGAAUUCCCCCAGGGGAAAGCGCCAGGAUUCUCCUGGCAAAAAACAAGAUUCUCCGGACGGAAGGCGUCAGGAUUCGCUAGGCAAAAAGCGGCAGGACUCCCCGGAUAGAAGGCGUAAGGAUUCGCCUGCUAGAAGGCGCCAGGAAUCAUCUGGCAGGCGUCGACAGAAUUCUCCGGGCAGAAGGCGGCACGAUUCCCCGGACAACAGACGCAGCCGUAGCCGUGGUCGCCGCCGCAGUUCUUCACGCAGUCGCAGUCCCUCAACGAGUCGCUCCCGCCGUCGCCGCUCACGCAGUCCGGAGCCGAAGCUCACCUCAGCCCUGCCCCUGGAUGAGGAUCGGGACAAAGCGGCCCGCGAGAAGAUGCAAAAGCGGGCCGAGGCUGCACUGCUGCUCAAGGAACACAUGCGCAAGGAGAUCGAGCGGGAGGAGGAGCGCCGCAAGGAGAUUGCCCAUGAGGAGGAGCGUCGGGCUGAGAAGCUGCGCGACGAUGAGCUGGAGAAGGAGCGCACCACACGGGAGCUCAACGAGCUGGAGCGCUUGAAGGCCGAGACCCUGAAGAAGCUCCAGGACGAGGAGCGGGUAGCCGAGAGUGCAUUUGGCGGAGCCGAAUCCGACGAGGCAGGCGGAAACGAGGCCAAACCAGAGCCCAGCACUCGGAGCAAGCGCGAGUCAAGUCCGGAGGAUCGACAUCGCGACAAGAAGCGCAAACAUAAGAAAUCCAAGAAGACAUCAGCGCGUUCCGACACGGAUUAAUGGGACCUAUCCUAGCCAGUAGUAGAGCCACGGACCGUAGCUAAUCAGUUUGGGUUCCAGUCACUUUUACACGAAAUGGAAAUUGUAAAAAAUCACGCCACCCAAUUCUAUGUAAUGGAGAGCGUUAAAUAAAGACAGACUUCGAUAUA